UUUUCACUAUAAGAAGAAAAGAGUCUUCUUUCUCUCUCUCUUCUGUUUGAAUUCAAACAUCUCUCUCCUUUAACUCGUUUUUCUCUAAUAAGAAGAAAAAGGGUCUUCUUUCUUUCUUUUUUCUUUUUUCUUCUGUUUUAGUUCCUCUUCUUUCAUACUCUCCCUUAAUGGCAUCUAACAGAAACAUCGGCAUCGCAGUAGAUUUCUCUCCAUGCAGCAGAAAAGCUAUUACAUGGGUGUCUGAGAAUCUGCUCAGAGAAGGAGACCAUCUCAUCGUCAUUAACAUACAGCCAUCUUUCCAGUACGAGAAAGGAGAGAUGCAACUCUGGGAAGCCACGGGCUCACCCAUUAUUCCCCUGAGCGAAUUCUCCAAUCCCAGCAUUUCCAAGAAAUAUGGCGUUAAUCCAGAAAAGGAAACACUCGACAUACUUAGUCGUGCUGCUGGACAAAAUGGGGUACCUGCAACUCUCUCUCUCUCUCAUAGUGCCAUGCAUGCAUCUACUGUUCAAAUCAAUGAUGUCAUACAUGUAGUAGUAGCUGCCAAGAUAUAUUGGGGAGAUGCAGGGAAGAAGAUAUGCAAAGCAAUUGAGAAGAUCCCCUUGCAUUGUCUGGUUAUAGGAAGCAGGGGACUUAGCAAAGUUAAGAGGGUGCUUUUGGGAAGUGUCAGCAAAUAUGUAGUGAACCAUGCAGCUUGCCCCGUGACGGUAGUCAAGAACUUGUAAAUCGACAGUUACUGAAUUUUCAUGCUUGUGAUAUUAGAGGUUUAGGUGCUGUGUAUUGUCAUAAGUUGGUUGUAAUAGGUUCUGCAGUUAGUUACAAUAGUCAAUUUGAUAAAUUCUCAUUUGGGUUUGUAAUAUGUAUUUCUGUUCGCUAUGAAUUCGAUAGAACUGUCGUUUAUGUCCACCCUGUGGACUAGCAUGAAUACACAAUGUUGAUAUAGGUGCCUUU